AUGCUUGAAAUCGACCAGAGGGGCCUUAACGCCUGGGACGCGACACAUGUGGUCGUUUCCGGUAGCGAUGUCUCUAGGCUGUCGGGUUCGAGAGCGAUAGUUUGCGCAGUUGCCGCACUCCCUAUUGAAAAUAUCCGCACCUACACUUGGGAUUUGUUCCCAGUCACAUACUGGGUUUGCGGUGAACAUGGCCUUGCCGAUGGGAUGAUUGGCGCAGAAGUCGCAUAUGGCCCCUUCUGCGAUGAUUUCGUGGUUACCUCGCACCUCUGCAGCGGCCUGCUUGUUUUUAUCAAUGCCGACGUUCUCGUCCUUGUCCUUGUCCUUUCCCACGGCACGUUUCGGCCUCUUUACAACUAG